AUGGAGCUAUGGUUUGAAUGGGAAGAAAAUAACGAAGAACAUUUGUCCUUUGACGACAGCGAUCGCUUUGAAGAAGAUUCACUUUGUUCCUGGGUUUCAGAGCCAGAAAGUCUCUGUGGAAAUUGGCGAGGCUGGAAGAGAAAUUCUCAAAAUGGCGUCCAGUUUGGUUCAGACUUGGGUGAAGGGACAGUCGAAACUCUUAUUGAAAUUUGCGCUAGGACAGUAGCAGAACAUUUUCCUUUCGAAACUGUUGAAUGCAAAUUUCCUCAGAUUCCUGAGCAGCUCCAGCAACGAAUCGCUUUUUGGUCGUUUCCGCUCUUUGAAGAAGACAUUCGACUCUAUUCGUGUUUAGCAAAUGGCUCUCCGGAUAAAUAUUUGGAAGGGGAACAGCUUCUCAAAGUGCAGGCCGUUAAAGAUGUACUGCAGAUUGGUAAGUGAAUUAAGACUUCGCCGGUAGCCUGUUUCACCUGUUUAAGUCGAACUGUCGCAAGAAGGCUUUCCAUAUGUGCUACGCUGUAAACCAUGUACUGAAAUAGUUUGGCACCGAAAAUGAAUCAAUAUAAUUGAUGUUGGCCAUUUGUAAACAGUCAGCUCUUUAGGGUGUAUUUCAAUUUCAAGUUUGUUCAGUGAUUUUAUUUGGUUUUUUUUUGUUAGUAAUCAAACCCACAGCGAACUUCAUUUGUUGUAUCGUGUCGGUGUGAAACGCUUCCAAUAAAAUCCCUUUGAACAACAACUCUUUAUAAUUCUGAGAUCUGAAUACUUAUUCCUCCUCACUGAUGAUAGUGCAAAUUUAAAUGACCAGUCCUUGACCUUGAGCCAAAUAUUGUCUUGUCCCUCCCACUCAAUUAGUGCAUAUGUUUCAGCAUCUUCUUUCUCCAUGAGGAUGUGUGGGUAAUGUGAGGAGAAAUUUAUUUUUGGUCACUUUUGCUGGAGCAAGGGUUAACUGACUAUCAACCUAUGUCAACAGUUUGUUAAGUGAUUGUGAACCCUUUGUUAAUUAGCCGACAUGUACAUAUCAAUUGAGUGUUGGCCAAGUUGUGAAAUGAUAAAUCAAGUCCUGGACAAGCUGGCAAUCGAUACAUGUAGCAGAUGUAAAACUGUUAACAUGUUCAUGCAGAGGAAAACUAUGUUGAAAAAUAAAAUGAAUGUGUUGAUGAUCACUCAAACAAAGGACAUAAAAAUGCAAUGUCAUUUUACCAUGCAAGUAACAUUCCUCUGUCACUACCUUUCCAUACUUCACUACAUGUAUUUUACCAUACCUCACUUCUUCACCUUAUUCAUUGAUGUCUUGACAGACAAUGUGGAGUUACAGUUAUCCACAUAUGCAGCUCAGACUAUUUUUCUUCAUAAGCCUCUUUUAAAAUAGGUGGCAUGAUUAUUUUCCCUUUACAAAUAUGCAAAUAAGUUUCUUAACCUUGUUUUUGAGUGGAAAUGGUAUUGUGACCGAGAGCUUGGAAGACUAAUAUGCACACAUGUUAAAAAAAAACCAAUAACAAUAAUGCCUUUCAUAUAUGACAGAAUUUAGGAAUAAGUUCCUUUUCCUCUUACUUUAGCAUGAUCUUCUCUAUGCAGGUUUUCAUUUAAGUGGCACAGUUCACCAACCUCACAGUGUUUGCCAAAGCAAAGGAAUAUUUAAUGUAGCCGUCACAUUUGACAGAGGGCACAUAACCUCUUGUAAUUGUACUUGCGAUCAAACUGCAACCUGGUGUUCUCAUGUAAUUGCCUUGUGUCUUUUUCGAAUACACUUCCCAAAGAUGGUUUGCCUAAGAGCUCCAGUAUCAGAAUAUUUAUCUCGUUUGAGACGGGAUCAGCUCCAGAAGUUUGCUCAGUAUCUCAUCACAGAACUGCCACAACAGGUAAUAAUACUAUUGAAUUUUCACUAAUGAUUUAAAUGUUUUGACACUGUUACAGAGACCAGAUCUUUGCAAGUGCAGACAUGAGAAAUAAAAUGUUUAACUGUCAAACUGUCAUCAAUGUUGAUUAUGGCUUUUGAAUUUGGCAGCCCAUUUGGUUCACAACUUGAUUUUGUUUGUUUUGGUUUUACACAAGCUUCUCCCAACUGCUCAAAGGCUUCUUGAUGAGCUACUGUCUUCACAAGAAUCCACCAUCAACUCUGUACCAGGUGCUCCAGGUAAGAGUCAGUGGCUGUUUUUUAUUUAUUGUUUGAACUAGUAUUGUUACAGCUACUCCUUUUGUGGGAUACAAGUUCACUGCAAGACUAACCGCUCCCCUCAAUUUUUGCAUCAGGUAAUCCAUAACCCAUUUGCACUCCUGGUUGGAAAGUGGCAUUGCAAGUGGGAGUGAAGUGUGUUUUCUUAGAACUCAGCACAAGACCUUUCUAUUUGGAUUGCACUAUGACAACUAUUAAACCACUGUAUCCCCAUUUUUGGGAAAUGUUAUUUUUAUAGACACUACAGUCAGCUGUCAAACUGAUCGACAAAGCAGACCAUGUAAUAUUUGUUUACAAGAUUUAUUCACUGUGUUUGCCAAGAUAACCAAUUAAAAGUUUAUUUAAUGCAGUGCAUGGCAAAUUAGCUAUACAACAGUACUAAAAUGUCAUUCAUUAUCAAAUAGACAUCAAAACUAUGACAUUCUUGACAAUUAAACAGCUCUAGAGAAUGCUUUGCCUGGAAAGGAUCCUCAUUUAUGCAGUGUAUCCAGCCACAAUUUGUUAUUAGACAGACAAGCACACUUUUAAGAAUCAAUGACAUCAUUCAGUGUUUGAAAUCAUCUUUAUGGUAUUUGUUAGAUCCCACAGCAGGGCCAUCAGCUACAGAUCAUUCAAAAUGGUGUUUGGAUGAAAGUUCUCUCCAUGAUAACAUUAAGAAGAUGCUUGUGAGAUUUUGUGGCCCAAGUCCUUUGGUAUUUAGUGAUGUGAAUGCACUCUUUUUAGCAAAUACUGCUCCACCCACAGCUGCUGAAUGGUGAGAUACACAUUGGCUUAGUUUUUAAAUUUACUUUUAAUUAGGUAUGGGUUAAUUUACUGAAUAGCAUGAAAAUUUUGUGGUUGAUUUAUCUUGCGGAUUGGCAAUUUUUUCGUAGAACAUAUUGUUGCAGCUCUUGCUCCUGUUCUUAGUUUCAAUUUCUGUGGGGAACUAACAUUUGCAAUUUUAAUAUUAAAAAGCAGAGCUGAAACAAGACUAAUAUGAAAAGAAAAGUAGUUUUUUUCCAGUUUGUUGUUGAUCUGCCCAGAGGGGAAAUACUCAGUAUACAAUGACUUAAAUAUUUCCUGUAAGUUCACAUAUGAAGAAUAUUUAGUGACACAUGGUUUGCAUCCAGAUUUUUUCUACUGAACUGAAUGCAGUUGAGUUGCUGUGUGUACAUGUGUAUGCUUCAGCUUGAGUGUUUUUUUUUUUUUUUGGGGGGAGUAUUUUUUUUUGCUCAAGGAUAAUCAACCAGAUCCACUAAUGAGGUGCCUAACUUAAUCACUUACAACCUUUACAUCAAAAUAAAACAAAACCCUCCAUCAGUUAUUUUGUACCUCACUGCACCAUUUCUUUCUUUUUUUUUUCCAUGCAUUUCAUGUGCAGGUCAAAUAUACUCAGACCUUUAAAAGGACGAGAGCCUGAGGGGAUGUGGAACCUUCUGUCCAUUGUUCGUGAACUCUUCAGUAGGGGUGACAUGAAUGCAGUGAAUCUUCUGGUUAUUCUCACAGAAGAAUGUCUAGCCAAUGAUCAGGUGCUAAUUUGGUGGUAUGACAGUCGGAGUCAAGCUUCAGGGAAUUCCCCUUCUCAUAGUUAUGGAAAUAAUUACAGGGGGAACACCAAUACUGCAAGCACAGAAGCAACUAAACAUGCUUGUGCUGGAUUUUGUGAUGAACUUGUGGCAUUGUGGAGACUGGCGGCUUUGAAUCCCAAGUUGUCAAAUGAUGAGAGGGAAGAGAUGAAGAUGCAAUUGCAAGAGUGGCAUCAAAAGACUGCAGAUAAAGGACAAACAGGUAAUGGUCAGUUACUCUAAACAUUUGACAAUUAGUGGAAAGAGUUAAGCAAAAUGUGAAGAUUAAUUAGUUUGAGAAAGCUGCAGGUUAAGGUAAACAAUUGCUCAGGGAGACAAAGGCAAAUAUUGAUAUUUAGUGAUAGCCAAGUUCCAUAAUUCUUUUAUCAUUCCAUUUUGGAGGAAAUCUGGUGGUCAACAAGUUCUUUGUCUUCCUUUAUUUCCUUACCUCGUUUUAUUUAGAAAAUACUUAUGGGGAUCUUAAAAACGUAUCAAAAAUAACAACGUCAGACCCCAACAUCAGGAGCUACAAUCCAUACUCUCUGUGAGAAGUGUAUGGAUUGUUUUAUGUCCCCUUCUAUCCAUUACAGAGAGGAUUCAGGAGACCGAACCUACGGUUUAUCAUCCUUGUCCGAGAAGACUAGAAUGCCUCAGUAUUAGCUUAAUCUCCUUAGUAGUCUUACGACCCUGAGUGUUUGAUCCAGUCUGGGGCUUGACCUCUCCUACUCCUGCACGGCAGUCUAGCGCCCUAUAACAUGGCCUAAACAAGUGCACUUAUUUUUAUUGAAAGUAAUGAAUUAAUUUUACCAACAGACAUGAGGAAGAUACGAGGUUGAUUGAAUUGAAUAUUAGAGAAUAACCCUGAAUAUCGCGAUUUCUUCAGGGCGAGGUGCCAGUGUUUCGAUUCCACCUGCAGCAAUUUCAUGCUUUCCUGGUUUUCUUGCUGCAAUAGAAGCUUGUUCUCUCAACUGGAAAAAUGUGGAUAUAGGUUUAGUUCCCAAAGAGAGAAAUCAUGAACCCCAGCUUUCUUCAGCGCUGAAGAGUGAUACAGGGACAGCACAAUCCUGUGGGAGCACAGAGACUGGACUUCAUGAAAAUGUCUUAUCUUCUAUUGAAAGGUAUGUGUAGCAUUAUAAGAAUCAAAUCCUCUUUGGUGUAGUUUCAGAGCUGCCUCAAACUAUCGAAAUAUUGGCUCCCAAGCUACACAACCAUAUGUGUUUUUUUUCUUUAAGUUUCUACCGUUUUAACUUUAUUUUUCACGUAAAAACCAGAAUUUCUCUGGCACUAGACAUGAGUUCAUUUUUCAAGGAGACACACAGAAUUUUUUGGGAUAUAUCAAUAAAUUGCAAGAAAGGGAGGGAUUUGAGAUUGAAGUGAGAUGCAUUGAGAGGAAUACAAUAUUUCAGUUGUGGAAAUGGUGGUGAGCAGGACUUGGGGAUCGAGAGGCCCUGAUCCUGGCUGAGACCGCAAAAUGGUGUUGUUUUCUUGUGCAAAAUACUUAAUUUUCACAGGGCCUGUCUUCACCCAAGUGAAUCAGUAAGUCCUGAGAACUAGAAACUGGCCGGAAAACUUGAGAAAUUAGGGGAGUGACCUCUGUUGCUCUUGGGUCUUCUCGGGCGGACGGGAGUUACAACACUCCUUGUAGCUUCUUGCUCACAAAGAAGCUUACAAGCUCCGCACCAGCGGUUUGGGCUAGCGGUAUGGGCCAGUAGGCGCGAGAAUAGACUUGAAUAUCUGUACACUGACAGUUGUGAUUAAUUUUAGCCCCAUUGUUAGCGUCAGCCCGGGUACAACUGAAGAAAGCAUCAGCAGUUCAUCAGCAGAUGAGCACAACCCAAUUUUCGAUGCCGGUGAAGAUUUACAAGUCUUAUGUGCACGAAUGGAGGCUCUUCAUGUCCAUGGCUACAGUUCCCUGGCCGGAAAACUAGCCAUGAAACUUGCAGAGAAUAUUCUGAGCGAUGAUAGGAACGUCGCGUCCCAUUUUAGUGCCAGGAGCAAGAGACUGGGUGUUCGCAUGACAUCGUUUACAAAUACUAUUCUGCUGAAAGCUGGUUUUCUGUGCAAUGUGCUGGCAGAAGACCUGCACUGUCAUCAUUUAGCUUUCAAAGUCUGUAUGUUAGGAUUGGAAAUGCCAAGGCAGCCAGCUAAGAGUAAAGCAUUAGAGGUAAUGACAAAGUUAUUCUUCAUCGCAGGUUAGAACACGCGAGUGUCGUUUUCUAACAAAUUGUGUGAGUCGAAUCUCACUAUUCUCUCUCUCAUAGUGGUACUUGUUUACCCUUUUUGAACGGCAACAGUCGUAAUGCCAGUCACCACUCGAUAUCUUACUCCCUUCGUAGAGAGGAUGGUAAUUUAGCUUCUCAAGGUCGAAACUUUUGUAAGGCUGAAAGUUAUUGCAAUCAUCACGAAUGAUCAUGGGAUUCGUCAACACCUUCUCUACCAAAGUAAUCACAAUGACAAAUCAGAGGAAAAUAAAAUACCCCAAAGAGCCGAUGACAACUCAAAGUUUAAAAAAAAAUGUCAAGUGCCUUAAGCGCAUGAAAACGAGGCUGAGCAGGUCGUGAUUGGGUGUAAUUUUGCAUUUGAUUGGUUCAGAGAGUGGCACUUGUUGUGUGCACCAACCAUGGAACGAAGUAAAGCAAAACCAAAGCAAUCCCUGAUUUCUUUCGACACUCAAUUAAAAACAGCUUUAUAUGAAUUAAUUACAGGUCAAACUGUUACAUCAAGAAUCAGAGUUGGUCAGCUCGCUAAAGAAACUUCCUCUUGGACCAGCUGAACUCGCUAUUGUUAAGGAAAAGGCCGGGCUUCUUCAUCAGGGUGAACUGAGAAGAGGAGAGGCUGUUCUGCCCAUCAUGUUGGCCUCAUUCAUCUUUGAUGUCUUGAGGUCAAGCGAUACUGAAUCAAAAGCUAAGCGGCAAGCUGCAAGGAAACUAUGCGAAACAACUAAAGAAGACGAAGAGCUGGGAUUUAAAGCUGCUCUGUAUGCUAUAGGUAGGUGAACAAGAGUAAAUUGAAGGUCAUAGUAUUAACUCCUGAGGUUAGAAAACUUCUAUCUAUUGCUGGGAGAAAUUACCUCGCUACUAAACAAACUAGCUUUAUUUUGUUGCCAAUAUCUCUUGCAUGGAGCUCUAUGCAAUCAUGCUAUUCGCAUAGCAAAAAAGGUUGCGCGAUAAAAUCAUCUAUUCACUGCAUACCUGUUCUGACUAAUGCAAAAAUUGUCUCAUUGCACAUUUUCCCCUUGAUCUUUUCAAAAGGGUUAACAAACAAGCACCAAUUGUAAAUGGUCUAGAAAGGUUAAUUCACUGUGAUUUCUAUCUUAAGUUAUGUUGGUUAAUUUGAAUAUCCCUCAACGUUAUCAUACACUCAAAUCAAAUAUUCUCAAAAUGAAGAACAAAAUAAAUUUGACUUUGCUGUGACUCAUUGACUCACCGCCCUAUCUUUCUGAAUGGAAUCGGAGUUUGGGGAUUUUGUGAAAAGAAGAAAAGAAAAAGCUUGGAGGAAAGACAAUGACCGAUAAUAAUUUCAGCCCAUAUUCCAUCCAAACUUUAACAAACUUACCUUCGACAACCCCCCUCCCCUCCCCCUUUUCGGUAGAGGGGAUCGUUUGCCCUCUGCGAGUACCCCGACCCAGUCUUUCUUUUAAUUAUCAAUUUCUUACUUCUCGAAUACUCUUAUUAGGAAUGAAAGGAAAUGCGUUUGAGCACCACUACCCCAUGUUAUGUGAAGGCACAAGGCAACAAAGAGGCGACCUGGCACUAGCGUUACUUGUUUACUCAAGGGACGAUCCGACGAAGAUUCGCCAAAUAAUGGACGUCAUUUUAGACCAGAAUCGGUAUGACCUACCGAGUGCUGCUGGUACGCCUCAAGACAAGAAGAGAGUGGAGCGAUCUGAUUCUCAGGAUAAUAAGGACGAGGGAAAGGAAAGCGAAGCAUCUGGCACCAAUGUUGUCAAGGGCAAAGCUACUAUAGUGCUUCCUAACCGUAAAGCUAGGUAGGAAAUUAAAUUGCGUUUUAGGUUGGUAUCCUCGAGACCUUUGCCACAUGCUAUACUUAUUAAUAUAAAUUAUUAUUGGAGAGGUUUUUCACAAAAUGGUGCAGUCCAGUUCUGGUUACUUCUUUAUUGGUGCAUCUUACUACAAAAGACAACUUUGCAGCCUAAGUCCUUUAAAAUACUCCAUUUUUCGAAUCAGUUCUCUACUCCUCUUUACUUAACUUUACAGCAGGAUUUGGUGUGAAUCAUGAUUUACUAAACACAGGUGGUUUUUUCGUUGUUGUUUUAUAUUCCGAUUUCCGUUCAUUUGAUCUUAACUCCCAAUUACUUUGGGAUGGGAUUCAACUGUAUUAUUUGCAUCUAAUCCACUGCAUAUUGUGUAGCUUCUUUUUCUCCCUUUUUCUUUACUAACAAUAGUCACCAGUCCUCCAGCACCAGUGACAGUGGUACAGACAGCAGCUGUAAAGAUAGUUCAGGAAUAGACAGAUACAAACUCCGAGGAGGAAAUGAAAGAUCUCAUCAGCAAAGACUCUUAGCAAGUAAUGCUUCGUUGUCAUUGGAUGAAGAAAGCGGAAAUUCAAGUGGAGUUGAUACAGAUUCUGUUCCAGUCCCUCACCUUGGGCUGGCAGCAUACAAGGCUGAUCUUCAGGGAAGUAAGCAGAAUGAUAAAGGAAUCCUCCAUUCACACGAAACUUUAAGCAAGGCUUCACCUAAUUGUGAACCAACGCAGUGUGAUCCGUUUAUCAACAGCAGUCAACACUAUGACGCUGCCAGUAACCCGUCUUCCGUUCUUCGACCAGAUGCUGUUCCCCAGAGUAGAGAAGACCUCAUAGAUGUGGACCACCUACAUAAUCAAGUGCCUCUUGUGGAGGACUCGGAUACUAUUCCACCAAACCAAAACACUCAAAAUAGCGGCGAUCCUAACCUCUUUGCUCCGAGUGUCGAUGUUCCACGUCCUUGCGAAGGAAAUGCACCAUCACAGCGCUUAGAAAGUGUUCAUUUCUAUUGUAAUUCAAAUGACACAGAAGCUUUUAAUUCCUGUUCUAGCGACAACCCAGAGCUUAGCCAGAGGGUAAUCCUGGCCAAUCAUGGCCUCUCGUCUGAAGGUGAUGUGUCGGACAUUGAAGCAGAUUUUGAUGAAUGUCAUAUCCGUGUUCAGCAAGAAUUGUUUCACGAAAUUGAAUCAAGUCACAAUUUGGUAAAUGAGGGUGAAACGGGAGAAGUUGGAGCUUCGCCUUCAAGUGGUGCCGUCGAUAACGAACUCUCAGAGACAUCUAAUGUAUUCUUUCAAGUUGGAAAUAAGGCAUCUAGUUGUUCAGUUGCUGAAGGCGAAUCUUGCAGUGGAGGAGAUGCCGUUGUGAUAGCUCCAUCAGAAGUAUUAGAAGAACAAUCCAGUGAAUCUGGCUCCAGAGGAAGCGUUAGCGCCGGUGCAGAGGAUACUAAUAGAAGCCGUCGUCGUCGUGGACGAAGGAGGAGGAGGGGAGGCAAAUCAGCUCUGUAUCAAGCAACUGAGGCUGAAGCUCAUUUCAUGUUUGAACUGGCUAAGGCUGUCCUUUCUAAGGCCGGAGGAGGCAAUGGCACCUCUGUGUUCACACAAGCAACAAGCAGCGAUACUCAAGCUGGUGCCCAUAGAGUACUGCAGCUGUGUGCCUUUGAAAUUGGACUUUUUGCACUUGGACUGCACAAUCGAACUUCGGCAAAUUGGUUGUCGCGAACGUACUCAUCACAUGUCUCUUGGAUCUCUGGUCAAGCCAUGGAAAUUGGCCAUCAAGCGAUAACGCUUCUCCUAAAACGUUGGGAGGGUAACUUGACCCCCUCUGAGGUUGUGUCUAUUGCUGAUCGAGCAUCCAGGUAUAAUGAUCGCGCUAUGGUACGUGCUGCGGCCGAACUUGGACUGUCGUGUCUUCACAUGGCAACUACUCUCAAUCCCGGGGAGAUUCAGCGGGCCUUGUCUCAGUGUCGUGAGGAGGAUACCCAAUUAUUGGAACAAGCGUGUCAAGCUGUUGAAAGUGCAGCUCGGGGCGGCGGAGUGUAUCCUGAAGUUCUGUUUGAAGUCGCUAAGCACUGGUACCACCUUCACGAGAAGAACCAAACCAACAAUAGCUCAGCUUCCGGACCAGGAAAUAGCGAAUCAAGAAGUCGAAGUUCUUUGAAUAGAUCUUCUCAGUCUGUAGCCUCGUCUGGCCAUUCUCCUCCAGUGAGCCCGUUUGUACCCCAGGUACCACAAUUUACAAUGCCUCCUUGUUAUCCGUCCAUACCUCCUCCUCUGUACACAACGCCCGAACAAUACGUACAGCAGCAGAUGCACCAGCAAGUCCAUCAGAUGAUGGGGCAUUAUCCCCCCUAUUUACCGGGGGCAUCCUCAGGAUACCGUUCAUAUUCUCAAUCGCGAUCCUUGACUGGGCCUCAAUACUCAUUAUCAGGAGGUUACUCAGGGCCUACUCCUCCACCAUAUCAAGCCACCAAUUUUAAUUCAAGUUUAAGUCAGCAUUUAAAUCGCGUAUCAGCCGGACAGCAAGGGACACACGUUUCGUAUCAUCUAAACAGUGCAUACCGGGUGGGCAUGUUAGCGCUGGAGUUCUUGUCCAGACGCACCUCAGAUGACCGACCUAACGUAAAAUUUUCGCGUAAUCCGAAUUGCAGCGAUGACAUCAGGUGGCUGUGUUCACUGUCCGCUAGGCUCGGCAAUUCGCAUCUUCAGCGAUUCUGUGUUGCUGCUUUGAACGCAGUGGCUAGCCCGUUUGUGCUACACGACCUUGCCUUGGAAGCAGCGAGACACAUGGCGCGCUCUAACCCAGCGCAACUGACGGCAAAUCUACGCUCUCCGACCAUUAGUCCUUUAGUACAGAAGAGCUUGACUAUGUAUGCCCAGUGUGUCCAUUACAACUUGUUAAAAAUUUCCCAGAGCGAGUACGAUGAGUUCGUUGAGCUGCUUAGACACGCUCGUGGAGCGUUCUGCAUGGCACCGGGUGGAAUGACGCAGUUUAACGAGCUCUUGCAAAGUAUCCGGCGGGGGCAACCCAAAAAGAAAGAACUUUGGCAAAUGAUUAUGAGUGGACUAGCCAAAGCUUAACUUGUGAGCAUAAAACGCACCUAAUGUUUGAAUCAACUGUUCGGCACUGAAAGUUGUUAUCUUUUUUCAUCUCAAUUAUAGUAUUAUUAUGAACACAUUGAACUUGGUUGUAAUCAAAGGAACACCAGCAAGGACUAGAUGAAGAAUGUUGUAUAUACAAUUUUAAGCAUUUAGGACGCUAUAUUUGGCAUUGUUAGUUUUUUUCUUGAAGUUGUUUAAAGCAAUGUUCGGGCGUCUAUACUGAUCAUAUUUAUUUAACCACGAGAGUCGUAAGAACGCUUCUUAUUUUGUAAUUUAAAUCAUGUGUAAAGAUAUCGUAAAAUUGUUA